AUGACGUUCAAGAACCAAGACCGCGGUGCCGCCGAUUCUCCGGAGCUCAUCAAUAUCGCAGAUUUGGAGAUUACCUCAACCAGCAAAGAGGAGCCGACACAGCGGGAGGCCAACGACCGCCGACUAGCUCAGGCGAUUAGCUAUCUUGUCAAGGAAGGAGGUAGUGAUUCCCCUGCUACGUUCAUGGACCGGGUUGAUCGUAUCGACAAUUCUCUUCUCCUGCCACUUACUCAACAAGGACGCAAUUUCGAUAUUAGACUGUUCAAUCGCGUACUUGACAUAGUCAGUGAGGCACAGCUCGAUUUUGAUAAAGCUGCCCAAGAAGAGUCAUCAGAAGAAGAUUCGCCAUCAAUGUCCAAUAGAAAAUCACCUAUGCCGGAGAGUGUAGAGGAACCACGAGAAUACUAUACGCCGUCUGCAGCAGAAGCUCUUUACCGGAAAGGUGACGGUUUGAAUGAGCCUCACUCCAAGCCUCACAUGCCAUUGCCUGCAACACAAGGAGCCGCAGCAGAGAGAGGAGAAGAUGUGCCUAGCGAGCGCGUUUUCAAAUAUGGCGGUCCAGACAACGAAGUCGAAAGCUGGUACAAGGACUAUCCAGCCUCGCUACCGUUUCCCGAAACCUUCCAACUGGCGCAUUGGGAGAGUCUCAAAAUGAACUACAAUAUCUCAGAAUCUGGCAAACAGAUGAAAGCAGAAGGCAAGAUUGUUGAGACCAAUGUAUCUUUCGACCAUCCUGCGCUUCAGCAGUACAAAACUCUCCCACCAUAUGAGUCUGGAUCGCGCUUCAAGCUUCCAAAACCUAGCACAAUCGUCGAAGAAGAGGUCAACCGGCUGGGAACACGGAAGAGCCUUGAAAAAGCCGUGCAAGAUCUCAACAGGAGCAGUGACGAGGUGAACGCCGAGGGAAAUUAUCGAUAUACUCCCCGAAUCUUUUUGAAGAAAUUUACAGUGGGGGCUCAAGUAGACCCAACAGCGAUCCGUCAUGCUGUUAACACGACACCUACAAAGGCUUGCACUGAUACCAUAGGUAACAUUUCUCAGCGUGAUUCAGCAAACACUACUCGGAAAGGACCUGCAGUUAGAACCCCAACGAAGCAGACCUCCAAGCACCCUCAAAGCUCAACAAAGCACACAAAUCUGGUGCCACCUACAUCGAGAGCUCAAACCACAUCGCCCGUAGUAAGAAGGAUUAAUCGGGAGCGCGCAACAUCACUUGAGCGUAGCCCGAGACGUCAGAGCGGUGUUAGUACCGUGCCUCCAAGUCCUGACUCACCAACAAAGAUGAUUGCCGUUCAUCCACAAGUAGUCAUAGAAAAGCGCGUAAGUAACCGCACACAAAACUUUGCUGCUCCUGUGUCUUCCAAGCCGCAAACCGCCCCGGACUCGAUCAGCUUCGCCACCCAAAAGGGUACUACGAAGAAACUUACCAAGCGCAAACGCAGUAUCAGUGAACAGGACUACACUGUUGAUCACAAACGCUCGAAGCCUGUGAACUCCUCUGUACUGAGGAGCUCUGUUCGGACUAGAGCGCAAGCAACUUCAGAUAGACCCGUUCCCUUCGUGGCUGAGGAGUCUGGUGAACUUGACGACUUUGGCGAAGGCGAUGUCACAGAAGCUCUCAAUCAAAUUCCCGCCGCGGUCAUUCCUGUCAAAGUCAAGACUGCCACGAAAUCAAAGGUCACCAAAUCUAGAGCAGGGACUAAGAAAGUGACUAAGAAAGCCACUAUUGCAGGCAAAGUAGCGGGUAAAGCGCAGAGAAAGGUGGUAGUGAAGGAAAUAACCGACGAAGAAAACCAUACGCUCCCGGUCACUCAGAAGCAGAUGAAGAAGCUUGAGACAAAGGCUGGAAGUACUAGAAGUGGGUUGAGGUAUCUCAAGGAGUGA